AUGAGUAUAUCUAAAAGUAAACCAGUUCGUCAAUUUAAUAUUGAUGACGAUCAAAAUGCAAUGACUGAUUUUGUUACCGAAUUUACUACAUAUGAAGCAUUUCUCGAUAGUCAAAUAUCAGAAAUUGAUCAAAAUUAUUUACAAGAUAGUGAUAUAGCACGUGAAUUUGUUGAAUUAGGUUAUCGAGGUAUUGGUCAUGCUAUAUCUCGAAAAGAUUUUCAAGAACGUAAAAAUCGUGCUGAAUUUAUUCUUCAAUCUCGUCGACAAGGUCCAAUACGUAUAAUAAGUGAUUCAUUAACUAUUAUUGAACCAUUUGCUAAAGAACUUGCUUUACGUGAAGAAGCUAAUCGAACAACACGUUUAUUAACAAUUAUAUUUAUACGUAAUCGAAAUAAUAUUGGUCAUGAAAUAUCAGCAUAUAUUGAUUAUGCAUAUCGAUUAAAAUUUGAAGAUUUUACACAAUUUUUUAUUGGACAAAAUAAACUUAUACCAUUAACAACAGAUUUAAGUUUUUAUAAUUGGGAUACACAUAUGUGUACAUCAAAUGAUACAAAUAAUUUUCAUUUAUUAUCCGAUGUUAAUGGAAUACAAUUUCGAUGUGAACAUGAUAGAAAAAUUGUUUAUGUUGAUCCAGAAUCAAAACAUUAUGGAGAUGGAACAACACGAACAAGUAUAAAUGCAAUUGGAUAUUUACAAAUUAUUCUCUAUAAUAGUAGUACUUCAUUAGGAACAGCUACUUCUAUUCAAGAUUAUAUAAUUGAUUUUGUAAAUGACGAUCCAACUUAUUUUCUUUUUCUAUUUCAGGAUCAUUAUUUACGUCGAAAGAAAUUUUAA